AAAUUAUACGCCCCCGUGUAAUUGUAAAUAUUUUGUUGAUGAAAAGGCUAGGACGCGGUGGAAAGAUCAUCUUUGUAACACGAAAAACAGUUAAAUCGACAUCUUUUAAUUUGUGUGGAAAGUGCAGACGGACAACCGUGCUGACUGGGAAGCGGGAGAUCAGAGAUUCUAUAUUAAAAGCAGUGGAAAUUGGCUACAUGAACGUGGAUUAUAUUUCAUUAUCCCGCCGCAUUCUACAUCAUGGAUGCUGAUUCUAAUGAUGGAACUGUGACAGAGUCCCUGAACGGUGAGACCAAGCCUGAUGUUGCCAAACUUGCACAAUCUGCCAUCAUCAAACAGGUUCGUGAAACUUUAUCUUCCGUUUUUGUUAUAUUUUCCUGCUUAGCCUCCAUCUUGUUUCUGCUAGUUAUUAGGAAAUUGAUGGACAACUUGUCUUUUAAGAGGUUUCUUGAGGGAGUAAAAGGAGCAAUAUCAUCAUUAUCAAGUCCUUCCCAGCUGUUUGGUCAACCACAAGUGGCGCCACCUCAGUUUUUUCUCACCGGAAAUCCCCUCCAGUCACAAACCGGAGCAUCUGGAUCAGUUCCAGUUCAACAACUUCUCAUCCCAGUCUCCACAGGUAUUUAUCCCCCGCAGUUUAUCAGCAUUCCAGUUUCUAUGGCAACUGGUGGGAACCAGCAGAUACAGUUGUUGACAACAUCAAAUGGGCAGAUAGUUGCAACAAAUCUUGCCAACCUAGCAGGUCUAUCUAAUCCACUUAGUGCUAGUCUUGCUAACUCAGUAAACAAUUUGGCUAGCCAAUCAUUGCUACAGAAUUCAUCCUCCCAUCAUUCCUCAGCAACACAAGCAUUGACCAAUCAUCUUGCAGCAGUGGCUCCCUCUUUGUUAGCUGCUGGUGCCCAGAGUCAACUUCUAGCCGGUCUUGGCCAACAGCUUUUAUCACAAGUAUCGUUAGCUCAAUCAAAUGGGACAAACUCACUUUCACAGUCUAGUCAGGUAUCUAACUCAUCGGCCAGCCAGACUCAGGCUGUCCUAAACUCCUUACAGCAAACAUUGUCGGCUGCGAGUGCAGGUCAGAAUGGUAUCACAGUUCAACCGGCAUCAACACGUAUUUUAACACAGAAUCUCAACAACACAGCUUCUUCAUUAAACUCAUCCAACACGACAACUCAGUUACUUGGGAAGAUUUCAGAAAUCGGGGCAUCAGGUCAUACCAACACGGCUGUAAAUUUAGCCAAUCAGAUAUUAGCAACUCGUGUAACGUCAACACAGCUUAUUAAUCAUGUGCCAUCUUCAUUAGAAGGAUUGAUGCCAAAUACUGUGGGUAAUUCAACUGAGAGUACAACAGUGGAUGGUAUAAACCUUGAUGAGAUAAAAGAGUUUGCAAAACAAUUUAAAAUCCGGAGAUUAUCUCUUGGCCUCACUCAGACUCAGGUGGGGCAAGCUUUAAGUGCAACAGAGGGACCAGCCUAUUCCCAGUCCGCCAUUUGUCGAUUUGAAAAAUUGGACAUCACUCCAAAGAGUGCACAAAAGAUUAAGCCGGUGUUAGAAAGAUGGAUGCUGGAGGCUGAGGAGAGAUACAAAAAUGGGAUGCAAAACCUUACUGAAUUUAUUGGCAGCGAGCCAUCAAAGAAACGUAAAAGGCGUACAUCAUUUACACCCCAAGCUUUGGAACUGCUGAACAAAUUUUUUGAAAGAAAUACUCAUCCAUCAGGUGCAGAAAUGACAGAAUUAGCAGACAAGUUAAAUUAUGACAGAGAAGUUAUCAGAGUUUGGUUCUGUAAUAAAAGACAAGCUUUGAAAAAUACCAUUAAAAAGCUGAAGCAAGAAGGGCCAUGAUUGGACUGUCCAUUUGUAAAAAGGAUUGUGAUUGGUUAGUUCAGCAAGACUUCAAAAUCUUGUUCUCAGUACUUCAUUUGAAACCUGAGCUGUGAUUGGUCACUUCAGGUGCAGGAAAGAGUUGUGAUUGGUUAAAAUAUGAAUCUCAAAGCAAUGGACCAGUUGUUGUGUUAGAUUUAGCAUUUAUUGUUUAAGAUUUUUCUUGACAUGUAUUUGUUGGCAGAUUGAGGUAGCAAUAGCCAGGAACCAGUAUAUAAAGUGCAAUGAGUUGUGAAACUUGAACAAACAGUUUAAGGAGGGUGUCAUUUGAAGCCAGAAUGUCUCUUCCAUGCUGUAAUCUGCUAUAGAUGUUAGUUUUAAAAUAUUGACUGUUUUUGUAUUAAAUAUGAAAAGUUCAUACUUAAGUGGAGUGAAUUGCUAAACUUUUUUUUUCUCUUCAAGUUAUUGAGGCAGCUUUCAUGUUAGUAUUUAUUUAAGACUCUUUUAUUUUUUUAUUUUUUUUGUUGGAGCUAUGGCUUUGUAAAAUUUGAGAAGCAUCUUUUUUAUUACAAGAUGACUCUGGGUAUCAGUGUUCAAGACUUUUAUGUAUUAUUAUUUUUCUUUUUAAACUAUGUUUAAGUUUGUCAAAGAGUUAUGACCCUUUCCAUACAAUAAUUAAGAUUUUUUACAUAAAUCACUUUGCAGGCAAUCUUUUCAGUUAUUAUAGUAGAUGUGCAAUCUAUAGAUUUUUUUUCAUUUUAAAUGCCUGUAUCUCUAAAUUGUACGGGUAUAUGAGAAUGUAUUUUAUACAUAGCAGUUGCUAUAUGUAUAUAUGGUUUUGUGCUGAUCUUUUCAAUAGAAGAAAUUUUUAUUGAAUCUUUUACUCUUAUCAUCUCAUAUAUAAUUUUUGUGAGAUAUUUUCACAUUAAUUUCAAGCAUCAUACAAUUAUGAUAUUAUUUUGAUAAUUUUUUACAUGACACAUCUCCAGUUGGUUUUUAAAGGAUAUUUAAUUUUGGUAACCUUUUCACAUGAUGCAAGUUGUAUUGGUCAGAAAAAAAAAAAUGAAUUGAAGUUACCUUUUUAUUCAUGUAUUGUCAAAUAAUAGUAAUUUUGAAGGACACAGCUUAUGCUGGUUAGGUCAAUAACUAGGACGUUCUCUCACAAAAUGUGUAGAGCUAUCUGAUCUCAUUCAUUCUAUUUUCUCCAUUUCAUACUUUAUAAAACUAAUAAACAUUAGUUCAUUUUAAGACAUCAUAUAAAAAGAGUAAACAUAGAUUCUAACUUUAUUUUCUCUAAUUUCGCAAAGAUUUUAAGAUAUCUAGACAUCAUUUCCUGAGUUAAGCUUAAAGCUACAUGUAUACUGAAAACAUUUCAUAGAUGAGUAACAUCUCAUCUCCAUGUAAGUGGUUUGAUUUGACCUAAGAAUUUAAACAAAAGUCAUAAACAUGGAUCCUUACCUUGCUGAAACUGAAACUGAUUAGCAGUUGACACCAGUAUAGAGAUAGGGCUUACUUUCUUCAUUAUCGAUAUCUCUAUAUUAAAAGUGGAUAGUCCCAGAUAUGGAAGCUGUGCAUAUUCAUUUAAAGUGGAUUGGUCUACAAUGGGCACAUUUUCCAUAAACAUUUCAAAUCUCGAUAAAAACAAUAGAAAUGUAUCAUUUGGAUUUUUUUUUUAAAUGUUGCUUGAAGACAAAAAUAAAGGUUAUAGAGUUCUAAGUGAUUUAGUUUGAAUUUUUAUAAGAUAAAUAAUAGUAUUUUAUUUGUAAUACAUGUAUAUUAUUAGUGGUAAGGUUAUAUGACCCUAUGUAAACGGCUAUUAGUAAAUAUGACCCGAGCUGCUAGGUGAGGGUUAUAUUGCAAACAGCCGUUUAUAUACGGUUAUAUAACCUGUCAACAAUCUUUAUUACGAAUUUAUAAUACAGCAAACAUCAUUUUUUAGAGAAAAAAGUAAGAUUCCUUCAUAAUCGACAGCAGCCGUGUAUAUAAAACUAUAUAAACAUCACGACUAUCAAAUGAAAAGCGACUUUACAAACGUGCACUAUUAUAAUGAAUGAUGUAUCUUACACUUGCCAACAAUAUCCAAAUACAGUUAUAUUGUGGUUUGUUGUUAUGUCUGAUACUAAGUAUUACCAUUGUAAUUAUUUAUUGUAUUACAGAUCUUCCAUUAUAGACCAAUUCACUUUAAGAUAAUCAGUAGCUUAAGGGUUAAAUUAUAGAAAAAUCUACAUACCAGUGUUUAUUUAAAGAUCUUUAUAUACCAUUGAUGAUAUUUAAGAUAUUUUGUUCAUGUAUUUAUUGUAUAUUUAUUAAAUUAAUUUAUUUGUUAUAUUUUGUUGUAUAUAAGAAUCAAUGGCAUUUAAUUAUUCUGAAAGAUUUUCUUCAGCAUUUUUUUAUGAAGAACUGGUAUCCUGGUUAGGAAAAAUUUACAAUAUUAAAAUUUAAGGAGUUAUUUGUGCAAAUAUAAUAUCCUAAAACUUACUUAAAGCUUGUAUAUUUACAUUAAUCUAUAUAUUAAGCCAAUACUGAAUUUUGAAAGGCAAGAGCUGGCUACACAUAGUUGUGGACUUCCAUAAAUCCAUAAAUCAGAGCAAGGACAGAUCUAGCCCUUCAUAUAUGUAUAUUUUAUUUCCUAACAUAGGAUUCAUUGUGCAAUAUUCAUUUAACAUAGAAACAGGGUGUUUUCCUAUAUGAGAUGAUGUAAUUUUCCUCCACAACCUUUAUUUUGUAAUCCAUUCAGUGUUGUGUAUUAAAUAUGAGCCGCGUCAUGACAAAACCAACAUAGUGCGUUUGUGACCAGCAUGGAUCCAGACCAGCGUGCGCAUCCGCGCAGUCUGAUCAGGAUCCAUUCUGUUCGCUAUCAGUUUCUCUAUUUGCUGUAGGGUUUGUAAGCGAACAGCAUGGAUCCUGACCAGACUGCGCGGAUGCGCAGGCUGGUCUAGAUCCAUGCUGGUCGCAAAUCCAUUAUGUUGGUUUUGUCAUGAUGCGGCUCAAAUAUUAGUUUUGUGUUUGCAGGCUUCCAUUAAUGUUAUACAAAAUAUGUGAUUUUUUUUUAGUGCAUUGUCAAUUAGAUUUACUCUUGAAUUUUCUUCUGCAAAGUUUCAAAGAUCUGAUACACAAUUUUAUCAAGAAAGAUGUAGAAAUUGUUAUAAAGCAAGCCUCUAACCAGAUUAAUUACAUUUUUCAUGGAUGAGUUUAUAAAAUCUAAAUAUAUGACAAUUGUCAAAUUCUUCUAACUGCAUGAGAUAACAUAUUGAAAUCAAUUGUGUAUGCCAUUUUUCUUAUGAAAUGUAAGGCAAAAGAAACAUCAUUACAUUGUUAUACUACACAUGUGAAAUAUAUAGAAAUACGUAAUGCUAAUGUAACAUUAAAAACAAGCAGAGCUUUCUGAUUAAGUGUUCGCUAUGAACUUUAAAAUAUUUGUCAGUUUUUAACCAUGAAUGCUAAUACAAUGUACAUGUCUAUGGACAGUAAAAAUAUGUAAUGAGUCACUUCUUUAAACCCACAAUUUAGUAAACCCUUUAAUUGUGUUAGUAACAGAGUAUUAAUGGGCAACAGAAAUAGUCCAUUGUGUCAUAUAUUGCAUAAUUUAUUUAGAAUGCCACUAUCAUUGUAAAUAUCUAUAUAUUUAUAACAUUAUAUUAAUUAAGUUUGAUUUUUUUUAAGGAUUUCUUUACUUUUUAGGAGGCUGGCAGCUUUAAGUAUGAGAAAUUCCUUUUUGUCAUCAAUAUUAUGAUAACAUGUUUUACAAGUAUAGUGAGAAAUAUCUUGUGCAAUAACAAUUAAAAUGUAUGCUACAAUAUAGUAGUGUUACCUCUGUAGAGAUAUAGAGAAUCUGUCGAGCAAUUACCUUUACACAACA